AAUAUUAUGGAGUUGCAAUUAUCCGCAAUUUCUGAUCAAGUAAAAGCAAUUAAGGAAACGAUGUUCACAGCGGACGUCGAUCCUUACUCCCUCGUUGCACCUUCUGCUUAUGACACUGCAUGGCUGGCCAUGAUACCAGCUGAUGAUGAUUCCCACAAACCUUUCAAACCCAUGUUCGAAGAUUGCUUGAAUUGGGUACUUAACAACCAGAAUGAACUAGGGUUUUGGGGAGAGUGUGAUGGCCAUGGAAACCCCACCAUUGAGUGUCUUAGUGCGACUCUUGCUUGCAUUAUUGCACUCAGAAGGUGGAACGUUGGCACGAUCAUGAUAAACAAAGGAUUGGCCUAUAUUCAAUCGUCAAAUGCAGAGAAGCUCCUGAAAGAAGUCAAAGAUCACUGUCCUCGUUGGUUUGCGAUCGUUUUCCCAGGAAUGCUUCAAUUUUGCCGAGGAGUUUAUGAUCUGAAGAUCGAAAUAGAAGAAUCCGCUGUUUCGGAUAUAUUUUCCCAGAGGCAACUGAUUCUUGAAACAGAGGGUCUUGUCGAUAGCCAUCAUUAUCCACCAUUACUAUCAUAUAUGGACGCCCUGCCUUCAUGUUAUAAUGUUGAAGAAGGAGAUAUAAUAAAGCACUUGAGCGAUGACGGCUCUUUGUUCCAAUCUCCCUCUGCUACAGCACAAGCAUUUUUGGCCACGGGAAAUGAAAAGUGCUUGGCCUAUUUACAGUCUCUAGCUCAAAGAUAUUCCAAAAAUGGCGUUCCUGGAACUUACCCAAUAGAUGAAGACCUCAUAAAGCUUUGCAUUAUUAACCACGUGCAACGGUUGGGGUUGGCUGAGCAUUUCAUGGUGGAGACUGAAAAAGUUCUCGAAAAAGUUCACAAGAAUUACAUACUCAUGAAUCGAAAACCGAGUAUAGAACCCUACCAUUCAGCCACAACAAUACAACUACAACUACUCAAAGAUUGUUUGGCUUUUCGGCUCCUAAGAAUGCAUGGCUAUAAAGUAUCUCCACGGACUGUCUGUUGGUUUUUAUAUAACGAAGAAGUUAGAGAUCUUAUAGAGAAAAACUUUGAAUACUUCUCCGGUGUAUUACUUAACGUUUAUAGAGCUACGGAUCUUAUGUUUCCUACAGAAUUUGAGCUUCCGGAAGCAAGAACAUUUGCAAGAAAACUAAUUGAGAAAUCCAAUUCCUUAGGGGAGGGAGAUCAUCGAAAUCCUUUCUGUAAAUUGAUUGAGCAUGAGUUGAGUAUUGCAUGGAUGGCUCGACUGGACCACCUGGAGCACAGACUUUGGAUCGAAGAAAGUGCAAACAAUGCUCUUUGGAGGGGAAAGUCCUCCUUUCAAAGGUAUAUAUGUCAAUUUAUCUACAAGACUGAAUUGGACCAAUUGAAAAGGUGGUCUAAAGACCGUGGACUUAGCGCUAUGGGAUUUGGAAGAGAGAAAACUACCUACUGCUAUUUUGCAGUAGCUGCAUCCUGUUCUCUGCCUUACGAUUCCCAUGUUCGACUGAUGGUUGCAAAAAGCGCCAUUCUAAUCACGGUUGCUGACGAUUUUUUUGACAUGAAAGGACGCUCUUUGAAUGAGCUGAGAAGCCUUAUUGAUGCAAUUAAAAGAUGGAAUCCCAAGGGCUUGUGUGGGGACGGUAAGAUAAUUUUUAAUGCCCUUGAUAAUCUUGUUAAUGAAAUGGCAACCGAGUACUUCAAACAAGAAGGAAGCGACAUAACGAGUUGUUUAAGAGAUAUAUGGUAUGAAACAUUUCUUUCAUGGCUUGUGGAAUCCGAGUGGGGUAGCAGUGACAGCAUACCAUCAAUGGAUGAAUAUCUUAAAGUUGGAAUGAUAUCCAUUGGCACUCACACCACAGUUCUACCAGCUUCAUGUUAUUUGGAGCCAAGCUUACCAAUUUCCAAACUUCGACCGCCCAAAUAUGAACCCCUUACAAAAUUGCUCAUGAUUAUUUCACGACUGUUGAAUGACAUGCAAAGCUACAAGAAAGAAAAAGAUGAAGGCACACCAAACUCUGUUCUACUCCACUUGAGAAACAACCCCGAGGCAAACAUUGAAGAGGCAAUCUCUUACGUGGGAGAGAUGUUGAACAAGAAAAAAGAAGAGUUUCUUGAGCAUGUUUUGAUGGAUGACUUGACAGAUCUGCCCAAAGAAUGCAGGCAUCUUCACCUCUCUUGUUUGAAAGUGUUUCAGAUGUUCUACAACUCUUCCAACCGUUAUGAUUCCGACACCGAAAUGCUUGACGACAUUGCCAAGGCAAUCUACAUUCCUCCACAUGUUCAAGCCUCAAAGAAUUAUAAGCUCCCGGGUCUUGUAAAGGCUCUGGUACUAGGAUCCUUUCCUAUGGAAGCAAACGUCACGAAAUGUUCAACCAUCAAAUUAUUUCAUGGCCGCUUUGGCAAGCCCCCCAAAAAUUUCUUCUCGAGCAGUGUGCCUGUGCGUCAGCGUUCUGUAACCUAUGGCAAUGUCAUGCUGUAACGUGUUGUAAUGUGUCAAGUACCUUAUAUUUUAUGCAUGUUUAUAUACGUCAAAUAAGUAAAAGCGUUUACUCGCUUUAA